AUUUGUGUAACGUAAUUGCUGUUAAGACUAAAAUUCAGAAUUUAAUAUAUUGGUAAUAUAUUGGUGGGUGUGUGUGGCAGUUAUUUCCCCUCGUAGAAAUUAUCCGAUACACUUAGUACAAAGAGUAAAAAAUUCUAUUUCCCGUGUGGAAGUAAAAGGAUGGACUAUAAGAAAACUAAAUUUUGAAAACGAUCUCUUUUCGCGCAAUUGGGAUGUCUAGUUAUUUCCAGCAUAGAAAUCUGAAGACUGUUGGAUAAAAUCAAAAUAUAUAAACAUAGAACCUGUUCUGAAAAUACAAGAAAGAAAAGAAAAUGGUAUAUUUAAAGAUUGCUUUUGGGUUAGCAUCCAUUUUACUACUAUGUCAAAGUGUGCUGUCUCUGAAGAAUGGCCUUGCUUUGACACCACCAAUGGGUUGGCUCUCAUGGGAGAGAUUCCGAUGUAAUAUUGACUGUGAUAAUGAUCCCGAUAACUGUAUCAGUGAGAAACUGUUUAUGCAAAUGGCAGAUCAUGUGGCAGCUGAUGGCUUCAGAGAUGUCGGUUAUGAAUAUAUAAAUAUUGAUGACUGCUGGUUAGCAAAAGAAAGAGACGCGAAAGGACGUUUGCAGGCUGAUCCCAAAAGAUUUCCUAAUGGUAUUAAAAAACUGGCACAAUAUAUCCACAGUAAGGGGCUUAAGUUAGGAAUCUAUGAAGACUUUGGUAGAAAGACUUGUGGUGGUUUCCCAGGUAGUGAGUUUUUCCUGAAUAUUGAUGCUGAGACAUUUGCUGAAUGGGAAGUUGAUUUUCUGAAACUAGAUGGAUGUUAUGCUAAUACGAACGAUAUGCCUUUUGGUUAUCCUUUAAUGGAAUUCUUUCUCAACUUGACGGGUAGACCAAUUCUUUAUUCUUGCAGCUGGCCAGCUUAUGUUUCUAAGCCUGACUACAAUGCUAUUGCAAAAUCAUGUAACAUUUGGCGUAACUACCAUGAUAUUGAGGAUUCUUGGGCUAGCAUUGCAUCAAUCAUUAAACACUAUGGAGAUAAUAAUGAAAAGUUUGCUGAAGUUGCUAAACCAGGACAAUUUAAUGAUCCGGACAUGUUGAUCAUUGGCGACUUUGGUUUGAGUGAAGGCCAACAAAAAGUUCAGAUGGGUAUGUGGGCUAUAAUGGCAUCGCCUUUAAUUAUGUCAGUGGAUUUACGAACUAUCAAACCAUUUGCUAAGGAACUGCUCACCAAUAAGCGUGUUAUUGCUGUAAACCAGGAUCCUCUUGGAAUUCAAGGAAAGAGGAUAUGGAGUGUGAACAACGUUGAUUACUGGAUGAAACCAAUAUUACCACAUGGAAGUUAUGCCAUUGCCUUUGUAAAUUUCAACACCAAUGGCGUCCCUAAGAAAAUUAAUUUGAGUUUGAAAUAUCUGAACUUGACAGAAUCUGCAGGAUAUAAACUUACUGAAGUGUUUGAUGGCAAGUUCCUCGGUAUCUAUGGACCAUCUUCCAAUUUUACAGCUUCAGUUGACCCAACUGGUAUUUACAUGGUGACUGCUAUUCCCUUAGCAAAGACUACUCCAGUAUAAUGCUGUCAAUAAUCUUCUAAGGUUUUAAUUUGUGCGAAUGAAAACAAAACUUUAAUAAAAUAAAAAUUACAUAAAUAUAAAGGAAAGUUAUAACAUUAAGGAUACUAUUACAAUAACAAAAUAAUCAAUAAGGUUUUUUU